AUGCCUCCUCCGCCCCCUUUGGUCCAAGUUGAGCCGGAUAACAAUGAUAUUAUAAAUCUAACUCAGAAGUUCAUGAUGAUGGAGCCGCUGACUUUCUUAGGUGGUUUUGAACCCUUAAAGACAAAGACAUGGUUACUUGAAAUGGAGAAACUAUUUGAAGUGUUUCCUUGCUCCGAGAUGCAGAAGGUUCUAUUGGCCACCCAGACCCUAAAAGAUGAAGCUCGAAGAUGGUGGUUGCUAAUUCGAAAUAGAAACGGGAACAUAACAUGGGCUCAAGUCAAUGAGAUUUUCUAUGAUAAGUACUUUCCUCAGUGCUUUCGAGAUCGAAAGGUUUUUGAAUUCCAAGAACUUAAGCAAGACUAUAAGAAGGCUCAGAAAUUUGAGGGGGGAUUAGAUUUGGAGGUGUUUGAUCGAGUAGGCAUUUUGAAGUUGUCUACAUAUGUGGAAGUACUUGAUAGAGCAUUGAUGGCAGAGGCCAUUCUGGCAGCCAAGAAACAAGCUAAGGCUCCAACAACAGAAUGGCGAGGUAAAAGGUUCGGAUUCAAUUUCAAGAAGGGUUGGUCAUUUUCAAAGAAGCAAAACACGGGAUCCUCCAGUUGCUCUAGUCAAAGUAGUGGAUCUAUUUCAAACUAUCUAGAUUAUGGAAGGAAGCAUAGAGGAGUGUGUUACCAUGCAUCUGGUGCUUGUUAUCGGUGUGGCAAACUCGGCCAUAUAAUGAAGGAUUGUCCAUUGGGGUUCAAAAAUGCCAACCGCCCUGCAGCAAGUUCAGCUGGAUCUGUCUCUGUAACAAGAUCAAAUGCAAGAACUAAUGCCAGAGGUAAUACUGGAAAUGAAACAUUAAGGCAAUGA